GCCGGGAGGAUUGCAUCACCCUGGGAGCGGCGCGACGUGCCUGUCGGCAGCGAGGAUCGGGAUCGGGAUGACGGGGGACGAUGCCGGAGUCACGGUGGGGCAGCCGCACCUGGCCAAGCAGGACCUCAGCGCCCUGGAUGUUACCAAGCUAACACCACUUUCUCCUGAAGUCAUUAGCAGGCAAGCCACUAUCAACAUAGGCACAAUUGGUCACGUAGCCCAUGGGAAGUCCACUGUAGUUAAAGCUAUUUCUGGCGUUCAGACGGUCCGAUUUAAAAAUGAGCUAGAAAGAAAUAUCACAAUCAAGCUGGGAUAUGCCAAUGCCAAGGUUUACAAAUUAGAUGACCCCAGUUGUCCAAGGCCUGAUUGUUACAGAUCAUGUGGUAGCAGCACACCAGAUGAGUUCCCUUCAGAUAUUCCUGGGGUCAAAGGAAAUUUCAAGCUAGUCAGGCACGUUUCUUUUGUGGAUUGUCCAGGGCAUGACAUCUUGAUGGCUACCAUGUUGAACGGAGCUGCAGUCAUGGAUGCAGCUUUGCUGCUAAUAGCUGGCAAUGAAUCUUGUCCCCAGCCUCAGACUUCAGAGCAUCUGGCUGCUAUUGAAAUCAUGAAACUGAAACACAUUCUGAUUCUACAAAACAAGAUUGACCUUGUAAAGGAAAGUCAAGCGAAGGAACAGUAUGAACAGAUACUUGCUUUUGUUCAGGGUACAGUGGCAGAAGGUGCACCAAUUAUUCCAAUUUCGGCACAAUUGAAGUAUAACAUCGAAGUAGUAUGCGAGUAUAUUGUGAAAAAAAUUCCCGUUCCCAUCCGAGACUUUAUAUCUGAACCUAGGUUAAUUGUUAUUCGAUCCUUUGACGUGAACAAGCCUGGAUGUGAAGUAGAUGAUCUAAAAGGUGGUGUGGCUGGUGGCAGCAUUCUGAAAGGGGUGCUAAAGGUAGGACAGGAACUUGAAGUUCGACCUGGUAUUGUGUCAAAAGACCAUGAAGGGAAGCUGAUGUGCAAGCCCAUCUUUUCCAAGAUUGUGUCACUCUUUGCAGAGCAUAAUGACCUCCAAUUUGCAGCCCCUGGUGGCCUUAUUGGUGUUGGAACGAAAAUUGAUCCAACCCUUUGCCGUGCUGAUCGUAUGGUGGGACAGGUUCUUGGUGCUGUUGGAGCUCUCCCAGAAAUCUUUACAGAGCUGGAAAUUUCUUACUUUCUUCUCAGGCGAUUAUUGGGUGUACGUACAGAAGGUGAUAAGAAAGCUGCAAAAGUUCAAAAACUAUCCAAAAAUGAGGUGUUGAUGGUAAACAUAGGAUCCCUUUCUACUGGAGGGAGAGUCAGUGCAGUGAAGGCUGACUUGGGAAAGAUAGUCCUCACAAAUCCAGUAUGUACAGAAGUUGGUGAAAAGAUUGCUCUCAGCCGAAGAGUAGAGAAACAUUGGCGUUUAAUUGGUUGGGGUCAGAUAAGAAGAGGUGUAACGAUAAAGCCAACAGUUGAUGACGAUUAAAGCUGGAGAGCAUAUUAUCAUUGAAGCGGAUUAGUUGACAACCUGCAGCAGUGCACACCAUUUUCCAUAUACUGUUGAAUGCUUCUUAAACUUUGUUUAAAAGAACUUCUGGUAUCAUGCCAGUGAAUUUGAAAAAAGUGAUUUUUUUUUAAGAUUUCAAAUAUCUCCUGGUGAUGAAAAUUGUCUAAUUUAUAUUUGAGUAGAAGUUGUCUUCAGAGAGAAUAACGUUCCAUUUAGUCAGAUCUGUGACCACUAACAAACAUUAAAAAGUGUUUUGACAUUUAAA